GCCCUCGCCGACCCGUCCCGCCCCACGCAACCGUCGCGACGACCACUCCCCAUUUUGCGCCCAACAUAGACAUCCUCCCCAUCGAGCGGGAGGCUCCACGACCCGCAGAGACCAGUGCUCGCCGUCGCUGCGCAACGAGUGGAGAAGAUGGAGCAUGGCGCCUGCAAUGUGAUAUACAUUGACCGUCGCGCCAACGAUGAACACGUGCGCAGAGAGACGCUGUCCAGCUCGCUCGUUGCGCGGACAUCGACCGGCAAUGUGCCCCAGGGCUACUUCCCCGGCUCCGCAAAGGCACCCCCGCCCCAAGUCCACGCCAAUGUCGAGAGCAUUCUCUCCAUAUUCAACGAAGUUCAUGUGUGCGGUUCCGGCGGAUCAUGUCUUGCCAAGAUCUCGCAGCUUCUCGACGCCACCAAAGAAUCCGUCCCUACCAUAGUGCUCAUAGACCUGCCCUACGACGAAGAGCAACGGCUUAAGCGGCUGUCGCGCGAGCCUAGAACACCGUCGCCGACAGCCACACGUCUCAUUCGACUAGACACCGGCGAGCCCGACGAUAUCUAUGGUAUGCACCUGCUCACCCACAUAUCGUCCGAGAUCGCCUCCAAGAACUUCUCCAAACUCGUCAUUCCUGUGGUAAUACUGAGCGGACUGGAUCGCGAAUUCGCCUCGAACACGCUGCCCUCCCCUUCGGUUCAUGGAUCGCAGGUGCUUACUGACACCGUUCGUCUGGUCAGAUACCUUGAUGCUGGCGCUGUUGACGUGUUGCUGAGUCCGUUAUCAAAAGACAGCGUACAUGGGCUCGUAAUACACGCUUACCGGGUGCACAAAGAGGUCACGCGAGAAGAGGCCAGUUUCCUGACGACGAAGCGAAAUAGGAAGCUGAGCUGGGUUGGUGUCAGUGACCAGAAACCCUACGCGUAUUUGCGCGAGGCCAUGGUUUCGAAUUUGAUGGGUGGCAUCUGCAACCCAGAGACAGUGGGCGAGUCUUUGGAAUCAAAGGACAUUUUCGUCGAAGAGGACCGCAAACAAGUUAUCGCAGCCGCGGUCGGCACUUGGGCAUUCUCGGCGCACGAUUUUACCGAUGACGAGCUCCUCUACGGCGCACUGCUUAUGCUGAAGCACGCUUUAAAGAUGCCCGAAGUGGAAGAGUGGGGCAUGACUGAUGAUGAAUUGACAAUAUUCUUGCUUGCCAGUCGCACAGCUUACAACGAAUUUGUCCUCUACCACAACUUUCGCCAUGUCGUCGACGUCCUACAGGCUCUUUUUCACUUUUUAGUACAAAUAGGCACAUUACCGUGGUAUCCGACUGAUACGCCUCGAGCUCAGGCUGCGCCAGAAUCGGCGAUUGCACAGCUACUGAAGCCAUUUGACGCACUUACACUUCUAGUGUCCGCCAUUGGUCACGACGUUGGGCAUCCCGGUGUCAACAAUGCUUUCCUGGUCGCACUGAAUGCUCCCCUCGCGCAACUUUACAACGACCGCUCCGUUCUUGAAUCGUUCCACUGCGCUGCAUAUUCGCAGAUUCUCCGCCGCUACUGGCCCAAGGCAUUCUCGGAUGCGGCCAUGAGGAAGUUGAUGAUUAAUAGCAUCCUCGCGACGGAUAUGGGAUUGCAUUUCAAGUACAUGAGUGAUCUCGGCAACCUACAGGAGAAACUCGGACACGACCAAGGCAUGAUCGACGGUUGGAACGUCAAAGUUCGCGAGGAGCAUAAGGAUCUCGCUUGCGGCCUAUUGAUCAAAUGUGCCGACAUCAGCAACGUGGCACGUAAAUUCCAGACCGCCGCUCGAUGGGCAAAUAUUCUCACAGACGAGUUCAGUAAUCAGGGAGUUAUGGAGCAAGAGCUAGAGAUGCCCUCUUGCCUGUUCGGCGGACCGCCAGUACAGGACGAUAUCAUCAAGCUUGGAGAGUCACAAAUCGGAUUCAUGAACAUUUUCGCAAGACCUCUCUUUGAAUCUGUUGCAGAUAUCCUACCUGCGAUGCGCUACGCCGUGGACGAAAUUUUGACGAACAAGGGUAUCUGGGAGAAGAAGAUAAAUGACGAGAAGAACAAGACGAAGAAGCACCCGAAUUUCUCACUAGGGCUCACCACUCCUUCUUUCGCCGCCGAUCCAACACCAAGCCCUCUCUCAGGCGGUAUGCUUGGUUCAAAAUCACCUCCCUCAGCUACACUGCCGACUUCUCAGCUUGGCCGUACGGUACCGAGCUCGACGUGGUUAGUCGAUUCGGACGAUGGAGGUCGUCGCGGUUCAGGAGGCUCCUUUCAUGGUGUUUUGCCGAGUUCACGACGAUCAUCAGGUGUCGACAAAGGCUCACAACGUUCUUCCGGUACUGGCCUUGCAGGCCUUCGUUCCCGGGAGAAUCAGAGUCAAUCGCGACGAGGGAGUGGCGAUGCAAGCCUGACGGCUAUCCUGGUAACCCAAACCUCAAGCGCGGGAGAUGCACCCGAAAAAGAGCCUGGCCAGGAUCCGUCAGGUACUUCACCUUCACCAUCGGGCCACCGGAAGGACACAAUGUCGCCAAAGAAAGACAAAGAUAUGCGGCCGGUCACCGCGCCCUCGCGACGCAGUCAAGGAACCAACAUGUUUCCCGUCCCUCAUCCGUCUUCGCAAAGCCACUCCGAGGUAGAUCUCUCCACUACUGCCAACGGAAACUAUGAUGGGUCAAAGAUGCAGACGUGGGAGUCAAAUAAGCUCAGCAACGACAGCAAUAUGUCUCACUCUGACGCUUCACGCGACAUCCAUCGGCGAAGCGAAUGGUGGCGACCGGCGCGAAAACAGCGCGACCACCGCAACGGCGGAUCGGAUACGCCGAAACAGCAGCAAGCCGCAAUGCUGGACCCUGCCGUGACUAACGCGACACUGGAUCCGUCGACAAGUCCAGGAAAGACCAGUCGGACUGGAAAACUAAAGAGCUUCUUCAGAAGAAAGUCGGGGAGAGCGGCUGACUCAGAGAAACAGCUUUCUAGUCAUGGAAGCUCUUCUCAACUGCCGACCAGUGAUCCUGGACGAUCCGUGAAUAGCGACGAAUGACAGCAUCGGCGGACUUUCGAUUCUACAGCCCUCACUAUCGACGCUCGAUCGAUACAUCACAGCAUGCCCCAGGAAAGCUCGGAUGCCUUGGAACGACGUCUGUAGUGAAGCUGCUCGACUUUACCCUGCACCCACUGUGCUUCCCUUUAGCGA